AUGAAUAACAAAGCAUUAUUUGUACCUUUAGUCUUGUUGUUACUGCAACAACUAUGGCUUAGACAGCAAACACAAACACAAGAUCAGGUGGUACUUCAACACUAUGACUACACAUUGGACAGCAACAGCAGUGUGUCCAACCCACCACAAGGCUUCAUGCACUUUGGCUUCGGACCCUAUGUCGCCAAUCAAGGCAAGGUCAGCAUCGAGAAUGAUCAAGAUGUUGGAAGAUACUUGAGAGUGGACUCCAAUCCCUUCACAUUGACCGCUCCACAAAGCCCAGGUGGAUCGCUUGACCAUGUCAAGUGGCUGGCCCUCACUCAAGACUCCUACCCUCUACCAACACAAGGCCAAGAACUGGUAUGCAGCUUCACCAUUCGCUCCCAAUCAUUUGGAACUGAACGACAUCCAUUUGGCAAUGCUGCUGUGCUCGACCCACAUUCAGACCUUCGCUUGGCAACAGUGGCAGUCAACUCGUUGGACUUCAACACCAACUUGGUUGCAGACUUUCUUGUCACUGAUCGAAUGAUCUAUGUUCUCUACGAACGCUUGCCCUUUGGUCCUGGUGGAUACGCAGCGUUUGUCUUUGCCAUCCCUGCAAUGGAGCGCGCAUCACCAAAGACCUUUGUGGACCUAGCCAUCGCAUGGGACUUCGAGAACAAGAUGGUCAGAUGGCUCAUCAAUGGCAAGGAGGUAUACCGUAUCACAUCUGUCGGCUAUCGACUCUCGAGGGAACACAUGAUCAUUGACCGUGGUGGACGCGAGGAACUUGUCUUCCCUUCAUCAGUUCAGUGCGGAGGUGGUACCUUCACUCUGAUGGACGCAUCAGCUCCAUGCCACAGACACGAAACAACGAUUGGUGGUGGAAGGUCAUGUAUGAACUCUGCUGAACUCUCCAAAGGACUGGUUCGCCUGGAUGCAGGGGAACCCACCGCCCCAUAUAACUCGCCACGUAGUGGUAACCACAACCAAACGUUCCACGAUGAGCAGUCGCUAGACUCCAAUAGGAUAUUCGGUCAAGGUGCAAUCCUUGACAUCAAGUCACUCAAGGUCUAUCAACAAUCCAAUAGCAGGAACAAUUAA